AUGUUGUUAUUCGCAGUCAUAUUACAACUUGUGGCAGGAGUAGCCGCUGCCUAUGCACCCAGCUACGGAUUAUUCACCUUUAUUCGUUUGCUUGUUGGGAUGGCGGUUGGAGGAACAAUGGUCAUAGGAUUCGUCCUUUUGAUGGAAUAUGUAGGGACGAAAUGGAGAGUUACUGUUUCAUCUCUUUAUCACGUACCAUUCAAUAUGGGUCAUAUGUUGCUGCCAGUUUUUGGAUACUUCUUCAGAGAUUAUGUAAAUUUCCAAUUGGCAAUAUCUGUACCCUCAGUUAUUCUUUUGGUGUAUUUUUGUGUUUUACCAGAGACAGCAAGAUGGUUAAUAGCUGUAAAACGUACCGACGAGGCUAUUCAACUUUUGGAACGUAUUGCGAAAAUGUAA